CUAUUAUUUUCUAAUAGUGUUCUGAUGUAUAAGUUCUUCCACAGCUAUUUGUACGCUUAUAUAAAAGUAGGUGAAGGUAAGCUUCGUUUGAAUGCAGACAUCUGUCUGGAUCUUUUAGUAUUAUAAAGCUGGAGUUUUAUUUCUUUGCUACGCAAUAUAUAAUUUGCAGCAAUUGAAAAAAGACUUAAUACCUGAGACGGAAGCAUUCAAAAAUGGAUAAAAUAAAACUUGUCAUUGUCAUGGUUGCAAUUAUUGUUGAUGAAAUGAAUUGUGACACUGACUGUGAUUGUAAAACAAUAAAGGAGCUACAAGAAUCUAUGCAGAAGGAGAUUUUUCAAAAUAAGUUGGAAAUAUCAAGAAUGAAUUCCCGUCUUCGGAAUAUAGAAGCAUCAAAGAGGCAUUGGACUGGAACAAAUAACAAGGCAUCGAAUAAAGAAUCCGACGGGCUUUCAACUACUAAAAGCAAUACUAUUGACACAUUAGAAGCUGAAGUGACAAGGGUUAACAGUACAGACGUUAAUAAAGCAACUAUACAAUCAAGACUUUUAAAGCUAAUUGAAGCGAAACUUUCGUCACUUUCUCUUCAAGUUCAAGAUUUGAAGAAGCAUGAUUCCAAAGAAUAUGUGCUGGAAACGAUUGUAAAUAAAACAUUAUCCUCGGAGAAAAGAAGCCGGAAAAAGUUUGAGUCGGUAUUGAAAACUGUCGUGAAAAACAUCAACAAUUCUGUUAGUGAAAUAAGGACGGAAACAGAAAGCUUAAUGGACAAAUAUAAUGAAACGUUUGUUAAAGGAUGUGACAAGUCUAUUGGAGCGAUGAAAGUAGUUACGGUGAACAUCAACAAAACAAUGUAUGAAGAAAUUAACAUCAUAACCGAGGCUUUGAAUCAUCUGACGGAAAAAUUGUCUGAAGCAAAUAAAAAAGAUGGUGAAUGGUCAAGUUGGGAAAACUGGGGUUCAUGUAGUGUCAGUUGUGGAGGUGGUAUUCAAAGUCGUCUAAGAACAUGUUCUAACCCAAGACCAUCUUUAUUAGGAAGAUAUUGUAGCGGAACUCCCGACGAGACAAGAACUUGUAACAAACGCCAGUGUGAAGGACAAAACGUGGCAUUUACAGCAGACAAUUUAGAUAAAAGCUCAUCAUCAUCAUCUACUACCCUUGUGUUCAGAACAGUAUACAUUAACUACGGCAAUGCAUACAACAAAUCAACAGGGGAGUUUACUUGUAAAGUCCCUGGAUUAUAUUAUUUUGCUGUAACGCUAACAAAGAACUAUUUUGCUAAAGUGGAUUCGGUUAACGCUGAAUUAAACAUCAAUGGUAUCAAUAAAUUGAAUAUGCACUGGGACCAAUAUGAUCACGACGACAAGUUUGAAUAUGGAGCGAUCCCGUUAACACAGUCUAGAACAUUUCACCUGAAUAAAAAUGAUGUUGUAGAUAUUUUGGGUAUUCCUAACCAUUUUUGUGAUAACCUUUUUAGAUCUACAUGUACAUUUACAGGAUACUUGAUAACACCCGAUUAAUUAUAUAUCAUAUUAUGUGUGAGAAAAUAAAUCGUCAUUAAAUGAUUUAAUGUAUAGAUACAUGUUUAAACACAUGCACGUAUAAUAACUUAUGCAGGCUGUCUAUGCAAAUUCAUAUUAUCGUCGUUAACUUCUAAAAUGAUGAUUGUUGAAAUAAUUUAAAAUGACAUUUUAUUUUGAUGUUCCGUCACAAUCUAUUAUUAUCUUUUUUGAAAUAAAAAAUACUUACUUGAAUACUCACUUAAAGUAGAUAGACAUGUACAAAGAGAAUAUUGCGGUCAAAGCACAAUUGUAUUAAGAAACAUUACAUGAAGAUGGUUUAAUUGUAUAUGAGGUGAAUGAAUGUAUUACAGGUGACUUAAAUGUAUUAAAGGUAAAUAGUUUGUACAAGAAGUAAAAUAAUUGUAUAAGAGGUAAAUAUAAUGAUUUAGAUGUGACUGUAUUGUAUAAGUAGGGACUGGAUUGUAUUUGAAAUGACUUAUUUCUAUUAGAGAAUUGACGAAUUGUGUAACAAGUGACAAUGGUGUUACAUGUAAAUAAAUUGUAUUAGAGGUGUCUUCAUUGUACGAGAGAUGACCGGAAUGUAUAAGAGGUGAAUAAAUAGUAUUAAAUGCAAAAAAGAAUUGUAUAAAAAAUGUUUUUAAUUGAAAUUUCUAGGAUUAUAUAGCAUUACUUUAAACCAUUUGACUCGUAGAAGUCUAACGUCAGAAAAUAAUAUGUUGGUCAUGUGUCAGAACACAUGGAUCACGUGCAAUGAUUUCAUAAAAGGUCAAACUUCGUUUUGAUUGUAGAAAAUGCAAGUUCUCUUUACUCUCACUACCUUUAGAAACAUGAACAUUGAUGAUUAUCAAGAAAUGUCAAUAUAUUCAGAUAUAGGUUAAUUCACAUAAAGAAUUUUAAUGAUUUAAAAUAUAUUUGAUCUUGUGUAUGAAUAAUGUAAAUAGAUUUUGUCAAUCGCAGCAUUUUGUUGUUAAUGUAGCCAGAUGUGUUAAACGACAAAAUUAGACCACAUUAAUAUUGAAUAUUUAUGCAUAGGUAUUACUUCCAGUCGGUAUCAUAAUUUGUUCCUUAAAAAGAAUAACUACUUCUGACCGAAUGCAUAUAUGCCAAAGUCAUUUUAUACUUCAUUGCGGCCCAGCGGGAAAGUAUAGACAUUCACACACUUCAAUCCCGCAGAAGGGAGAAAAAGGUUUUAAUUAUUUUCCGUGCUAUGUCACUCUUGGAAAUGUGACCAUUUUUACAAAUAAUCUAUUCAUUUUACAAAGAGCCAUUUGUCUUAUCUUUACACAGAGUCUGUUUGUCUAAUAUUUUUUAAGUCUUUUGGUGUAAUCGUUUCAAUCUGUUUGAGUAAUAUUUACACAAAGACUUU